AUUUGUAGGAAUGCAUGAGUACAACGAAAGAAACGUUUUGUGAAUGAUGAAGAAAUGAAUCACCAAAAAAAUGAUGAUGAAUAUAUACGUGAGGGCUUCUUCACGCUACAGCAUGUGAUUGAUCUCCAGUAUAUGCGCUACCAGGAAAUUGAUCCAAGAUAUGAUCUGCUGGUCAAUGUUAUACCUAAUCUGGAGCUAGGCGCAUCUGACAGCUAUCGUUUGGUCAAUUUCGGCACGUUAUUCAGCAUAUUAUUCAAAAUGCUACUGUUAUUAACAUUUCUGGUUCCCUUUGUCGAAGAGAAGCAAAGUGGCAUUAAGGAGUUUCUAAAUCUAGUUACGCCCAUGAGCUUUUUGGACGGCCUUAGCUUUUUCAUUAUACGUAUUCUAUUGUAUGGAUGCUACCUGGUUAUCAAUUUGAUUAUCGCAUCAAAAUAUGGCGCCCUGGGCUCGAUUAAUUUUAUAUGUAUAUUUACCCUAUAUUUAUUAUAUAUUAUUGCAUCUAUGUCGUAUUCCUAUUUAAUAUCCGUCUGUUUUUUUUCGGUUUUUUAUGCGAAAAUCGGCGGAUUCAUCUUACUUAUAAUACCCUACGUGUUUAGUAUUGUACGAAGCUGGAUAUCAAAUUUGGCAUUUGUGUUACUUUCGACAAACGCUUUUCUGGAAGGACUCGAUGUAUUCCAAACCUUCUGCAAUAAGCAUCGCGAUUUUAAAUUCUCCGAUUUGAAUCGAGUUAUUAAAGAUGACUUCAGCAGCAUCUUUACGAUUUAUUUAACACUCAUAUGUCAGACCAUUUUUUACGUAUUGCUCUACAACUAUUUGGUGCGCGUAUUUCCCGGACCAGGCGGUCUGAAGCGUCCCUUUCUCUUCUUCCUAAAUCCCGACACAUAUAAGAAGCGUCAGCGAAAUGAAUAUACGACACAACCGCGUGGCGCACAUGCCAUCAUCAUCAGUGAUCUCUGCAAAAAAUUCAAGACAAGUAAACGCGAAAAUAACAUUGCAGACUAUUUAAAUAUGACGAUCAACAACAAGGAGAUCACUGUUCUACUCGGACAUAACGGUGCCGGAAAGACUACUAUGAUGAAUAUGAUUUUGGGUAUCGUUCCAAAGGAUGCGGGUAAAAUUGUUGUUUGCAGCGAAGGUGAUGUUGCGUCGUAUCGCCAUCUGAUCGGCUUCUGUCCACAGCAUAGCGUUUUUAUGAGCUACAUGACCUGCCAGCAACAUUUGGAAUUCUUUGCCGAACUGCGGGGAGCGACACGAUUCGAUGCACGCAAAUGGGCCGAAUCGAAGCUGCAAAAGUUGAAUCUCACAGAUAAAGCACAUAAAUAUGGUGUCAUGUUAUCAGGCGGCAUGAAGCGACUAAUGUGCUACCCUAUUAAAUUGUAA